AUGCAUAUAAGAAAGGGGGGAGAUCUCGCCCUCAAAAUAUUCGAAUUUCAUCGUCCACCAACUGCUGAUGAUUUGGAGAAGCCGACUGAUAAGAGAAUGCUCGCGCUGGCUCGAGGAAUGUAUUAUAGUGAUUUCGAUUUGGAAGAAGCGCAUGCGCUUACUGCUAUCGAUGGUUGGUUCCUGUUUAGAAUGCAGAAUAUCGUGGAUAUUUAUCAUCGGUUGGAGAAAGAGGAUGUGACGACGGUGACUGGAGAAUUGUUGUUAGAAGCGAAGCAAGCUGGAGUCUCGGAUCGACAGCUUGCCAAAAAGAUUGGAAGCAACGAAUACACGGUCCGCCAGGCGCGUUUCGCCAAAGGAAUCACUCCAUGUGUGAAACAAAUCGACACCGUCGCAGGAGAAUGGCCAACACAGACCAAUUAUCUCUAUACGACAUUCAUCAGAGUCGAAGAUGAUGUUCGAUUCAAUAUGAAGAACGCUGUAAUGGUUCUGGGAUCGGGAGUUUAUCGAAUCGGAUCGUCAGUGGAGUUUCACUUGUCGUGUGUGGUAUGGAUUCGCGAGUUGAAGCCAGAGGAAACAUCCGUCUUCGGCGGAUUCAUCCUUUUCGUCGCCAUUUUCAUGACGUAA